AUACUUAUAGAUUGCUGCUUCACAGCCGAGAAUCUGCAGUACGAACUAGAAAGAGUCAUUUGGAAAUGAUUGUUUUAUUUUGUUUUCUGUUUUAUUCCACAACAGACUGCUGCCUUAUGCAAUACAAGUGAAGUGUGGUUUUCAGCUACCUUAUUUCAGAUAAAAAAGUGUUCUCACGGACUUCACAACUUUCAGAAUCUCCUUUUGUGCAUUUGCUUUGACGACGCUGGGUGGCUGCCUUUGUCACUUUGUGCCCAGGUACACUGAGUGAGGUGCCACAGAAAUCCCAGGGGUGCAGCCAAGAGAAGGAUCUGACCAAGAACUUAACAUGAAGCCCACCCUUUACUUUGUGACCUGCCUUAUUGCAAUUUCAGGACUCACCAGCCAUGCUGAAGUGAUUGAAGUACAGGGAGUGGAAGGAGAAAACGUGAAAAUUGACUGCAAAUAUCCAAAGGGGUUUGAAAAUUAUGAGAAAUAUCUGACCGAUGUUCGAUACAAGCGGAACAACGCACUGAUCAGAGCAAAGAAACCCAACACUCUGGUGACGGAGGGUCGCUACACUAUGUACGACAACACGGCCACGAGAGUUUUUACCAUAACCAUCAAGGAGGCGCAAAUGAGUGAUGCCAAGACGUAUUGGUGUGCAGUGGAGAGGACCUUUAGGGAUGACUACACCGAGGUCAAGCUCACUGUCCGCCCAGGAGUCAAAAGCUACACAGGACAGGAAGGAGGAAGUGUGAAGAUUGAGUGCAGAUAUCCAGAAGGGUUUGAAAAUUAUGAAAAAUACCUGACAGAUGUUCGAUAUAAGCAGAAUAACGCCCUGAUCAGAGCAAACAAACAUAACGCUCUGGUGACGGAGGGCCGCUACUCUCUGUAUGACAACACCUUGGAGAGAGUUUUCACCGUGACCAUCAAGGAGCUGCAAAUGAGUGAUGCCGGGACAUACUGGUGUGCAGUGGAGAGGACCCUGAAUGAUGACUACACCGAGGUCAAGCUCACUGUCCAACCAGGAGUCACAAGCCAUGCUGAAGUGAUCGAAGUUCAUGGAGAUGAAGGAGGAAGUGUGAAGAUUGACUGCAGAUAUCCACAAGGGUUUGAAAAUUAUGAAAAAUACCUGACUGAUAUUCGAUAUAAGAGGAAAAACGCCCUGAUCAGAGCAAACAAACAUAACACUCUGGUGACGGAGGGUCGAUACUCUCUGUAUGACAACACCUCGGUGAGAGUUUUCACCAUAGCCAUCAAGGAGCUGCAAAUGAGUGAUAACAGGACCUACUGGUGUGCAGUGGAGAGGACCUUGGGCGAUGACUACACUGAAGUUAGGCUCAUUGUCCACCCAGUUUCAGGAGUUCCACACAUUCAAAAGGUGAUAAGAGUUCAUGGAGAGGAAGGAAAAAGUCUGAAGAUUGACUGCAGAUAUCAAGAAGGGUUUGAACAAUAUAAGAAAUACCUGACUUCCGCUGGACGGGUUAUAAAUGACACUGUGAUCAAAACAGAAUAUGGCAACACUCUGGUGACAAGUGGCAGAUACUCACUCUAUGACAAUACCUCAGCAAGAGUGUACACUGUGACCAUCAGAGAGCUGCGAAUGAAUGAUGCCGGGACAUACAAGUGUGCAGUGGACAGACAACAAACCGAUGACUUUAUCAGAGUCACACUCUCUAUCCAUCCAGUUUUAGGAGUCACAAGCUAUGCUGAAUGGAUUGAAGCACACGGAGAAGAAGGAGGAAGUGUGAAGAUUGAUUGUAGAUAUCCACAAGGGUUUGGAAAUUAUCAGAAAUACCUGACUGAUAACAAAUGGAAACUGCACAACGCCCUAAUCAGAUCAACAAAACCUAACACUCUGGUGACUGACGGUCGAUACUCUCUGUAUGACGACACCUCGGCCAGAGUUUUGACUGUGACCAUCAAGAAUCUGCAAAUGAGUGAUGCUGGGACAUACUGGUGUGCAGUGGAGAGGACCCUGAAUGAUGACUACACCGAGAUCAGGCUCACUGUCCAGGCAGGAGUCACAAGCUCUGAAAAACAUAUCAGAGUCAGUGGAACUGCAGGAGGAAGUGUGAAGAUUGACUGCAGAUAUAAAAAUGGGUAUGAAAACUCAGAAAAAUACCUGAUAGAUGCUACUAGGAAGCUGAACAACGUCCUGAUCAGAGCAAAGAAGCCUAACACGCUGGUGACGGACGGUCGAUACUCUCUGUAUGACAACACCUCGGCGAGAGUUUUCACUGUAAGCAUCAAGGAGUUGCAAAAGAGUGAUGCCAAAACAUACUGGUGUGCAGUGGAGAAGACCCUGAGUGAGGACUAUGCCGAGGUCAGACUCACCGUCCACUCAGAACUCACAACCUCUGAUGAAGUGAUUAGAGCCCGUGGAACUGAAGGAGGAAUCGUGAAGAUUAACUGCAAAUAUCCAGAAGGGUUUGAAAAUUACGAGAAAUACCUGACUGAAGUAAGAUAUAAGCGUAACAAUGCUCUGAUCAGAGCAAACAAACCUAACACUCUGGUGACAUGGGGUCGCUACUCUCUGUAUGACAAUACCGCUGCAAGAGUUUUUACCAUAACCAUCAAUGAGCUGAGACACAGUGAUGCUGGGACAUACUGGUGUGCAGUGGAGCGGACCAUGAACGAUGACUACACCGAGGUCAAGCUCACCGUCCACUAGGGUUUAAAUGAUGGCCUUGCCUGACCUGAUCUUUAACCAAGAUGACCUAAAGAUUGCUAAAUCCGGAGGAAUAGUUUCUUUGAAGAGAGAGAUAUAGAAGGCUUAAAGAAUAAUAAGCACUAUAUUACAAUGUGUGGACAUUUGCUUAUUUUACCCUUACUAACUUGUUCUUGUUUAAUGUCAUUACAUAUAAAUUGUCAAUCAAAACUAAUCAAAUGUCACUGACAAUGACCGGGACAAGAUCAUAUGGAGUUAGUAAUUGGCUAUGUCUGGGGUAUUUGAUUUACAUAGUAAACGUGCACUUGACUUUGAAAUAGAGAUGUCAGUGCUACCUCGGCAGAGUGUCAAUAAUAAUCCUAUUGUUUUGCUCUUCUUUGUCAAAAGUUUAAUCAAUAAAGUUCUCUUUGAUUCAUAUGCUGA